AUGGGAUUCAAACGCCCUUUUGAUGAUGAGAAAUUUCACGAGCUGCCGCUGAAACAUUCUAGGCAGCUUGGCUAUAGCGACAAGUCGAGUCAGUUUCAAGAACUUAUUCCUGUCUCGCAGAAAUCUCUUGCCAAUGUGAAUGUGAAUGAGGGAGAUGUUUGUAAACUCCAAGGAGGUGAAUCAUCUGACGGUGAAACCUUUGAUGAAGAGUCCAAUUCUGUUGACAUGAAAGGUUGCGAUGGAAUGGACGCAACGACUCAGUCUCCGGAUUCUGCAAAGUAUUUUGAGGUUGAUAUACCUCCGAGAGUAUUUGCACCUGUCGAGACUUUGUACUCUUACCUCUUGGACCAACCUGCGAGGAAGCAAGUGCCUGUCGGACCAUGUUAUCAAGCCAUAGUUCCUGAAUGGGAAGGUAGUCAGAAACAGAACCUAGAAGCCUCCUCGGGCGAGAAGCUGUCUGGUACAUGUGUCCUUCCCAUGCCGGAUUUGAACACGGAUGGCAUAGUAGGGAAAGGUAGAGAGUUCUGUGUUUGCCAUGACAGGGGUUCUAUAAGGUGUGUGCGCCAGCACAUCAAAGAAGCUAGAGAAGAAAUGGUUAAGCUGCUUGGAUUCGAGAGAUUCAGAGAUUUGGGCUUCUGUGAUAUGGGAGAGGAAGUUGUUGCAGAGAAGUGGAGCGAAGAAGAUGCGCUGACUUUUCAUGAGAUUGUUUAUUCCAAUCCCGUGACGGUAGGUCGGAACUUUUGGCAGCACUUGGAAGAUGCGUUUUGUUUCCGGACCAAGAAGGAGAUUGUUAGCUACUACUUCAACGUUUUUGUGCUCAGACGAAGGGCCAUCCAGAACAGAAGUUUUAUCUUGGACAUUGAUAGCGAUGAUGAUGAGUGGCAUGGAGGUUAUGGAGGAUCUUUGGGUACUCGGUAUGUCGAAGAUGAUGAAGAAGAAGAAGACUCUGCUAUCGAAUCUCCUCUUCAUCAAGGGACUGACAAAUUCAGUGAGAAAGUGCAUCCAUUCCAUCAGGUAGAAGGUGAAGAAGACGCCAGUGUUAGUAACAAUGAUGAAGAUGGUGACGAGUACAAGAUGAAUGCAACAGAUGAAUAUGAGGAGAGAUUGAACGUUGGAGAUGACUCGUGCAUGACCUUUGAACAUGCACAUGAUGCAGUGAACUCGGGCUGGACGAACUGUGCAAAGAAAGAUGAGACCGGUCCUGGAGAGCAUCAGAAGCAUAACGGCAAAGAUCUGCAACCAGCAGGAAGCAUCAUGGAGGAGAUAUAUGGUCAUGGAUCAUGGGAAGACAAGGCAAGAAACAAGUGA